UGUGCAAGAGAGAGAGAGUCGCAUAUACUUGUUGCAACAUAUAUACAUAGAAUUAACCGUUCUUCAACUCACCACUCUCCUCACCCCGUCCAUCCUUCACCUCUCUCCUUCUCGCAUUUGUCUGGUAAACUGUUACAUCUGUAAUCAAAAUCAAAGCAAACAAAUUGAGAAAAGGAAAACAAGUGACGAAUAUACACACUUGAAUCACCAUAAUAGAACGUCGACCCCCUGGCUCUAGCUCUCUCUAUAUUGCACAAUCCCGCCCCGCCGCCCAGCUUUCACGCCGCCCCUGAUCCGCCGAUCUCCAUUCCGAGUGAGAUGAUCUACCCAUUGGCCCUCGCGGCUGCUGUGCUUUCUAGCUCUUCACUGGCACAUCCACCAUCACCUCGAAUCGUCCAAGGUGAUUGGUUCCAACCGAGAGAUUCACCGGUCCAUGAGUUGUUCAAACGAGAUCCGCCCAACCCCAAUGAUCCAAACUUUCAAAACUCUUAUCCUCCAGGAUGGGCUACACCUCCCGUGUCCAGCUUACCUCAAUCAUGGCUGAACAAAUUGGCUUCUAUUCAACUUCCCAACGUCUCCGUCUCCAACCCUAAUAACGGGUAUCCUACUUAUGCAGAUGGAGAAUCCCCUUCAGAUUCAACCAUUUGUUCGUUCACUUAUCAAUGUACGACAUCGACGGAUCUGGUGAACCCACCAGACGGUGUCAUCGCGAUCUCCUUCGACGAUGGUCCCACCGAUGAGUCCCCCACACUUUAUGCCUACCUCCAGGAAAACAACAUUGCCAGUCACGUCACGCAUUUCAUGAUUGGCAGUAACAUUCUUUCCAACCCCCUCACUAUGCAAUCUGCAUUCAAUAUGGGCGGUCACAUUGCCGUCCACACAUGGACUCAUUUGUAUAUGACCACACUUAGUAAUGAGGCGCUGCUCGCCGAGUUUGGAUGGACGAUGCAGAUCAUUUCCGAUCUCACUGGAGGUCGAAUCCCGAUGUACUGGAGACCACCUUACGGUGAUGUCGAUAAUCGAGUCAGAGCCAUCGCAAGUGGUGUCUUUGGACUCAAGACGGUCCCAUGGAACCAGGACUCUGGAGACUGGGCUAUCGGACACGACCCUGCCUAUACCAAUUCCUCUGUUCAAGCUCAAAUGGAACAAUGGAUCACCGGUUCUAAAUCGCCUGGUCUCCUGAUUUUGGAACACGAGACCAACCCCAAUACCGUGGCCAACUUUGAAUACUCUUAUCCUUUGAUGAAAUCAAACGAUUGGAAAGUGGAAAAUGUCGCCGAGGCAUUCGGUUUUGACUGGUAUCAGAAUUCAGCAAACAAUAACGGUUCAGCAGCAGCUAUGAGUGUCGCUGGAGGUUCAGUCAGUGGUGCUUCAGCGACCUCUUCGUCAACAUCAUCGUCGUCGGCCGCCUCAUCGACCUCUGCUUCAGCUGCUUCCACCACAUCAGAUUCAGGUCCUUCCAUUUCAGCGGCUGCAGCCGGAGCUGGAGGUGCCAAUGGAUCAGCUUCCAAGUCUUCCGGAGCCUCCGCUAGCGUCGGUACAGAAUCUGCCGCCAAGACUUCUGGAGCUGCUAUGCGAGGUGUGGCACCAUUCAGCUACAGCCAAGCUGGAGCUGUCGCAAGCAUGGUCAUCGUGUCCCUUGGCACCAUCGUAAGCAUGCUAUAGAGGGUCAGAAGACGAGAUGGCAUUCGGGAAGGCUUCUUGAGAGGCAGAGUGAUGGGCCUCCAUUGGACAUUAUACAGCGAACACUUCUCCCAUUAAUCCCUUCCCUAAUUUAGAUCCCUCUUCGUUCAUUCUCGACGUCGUCUCCCCUCUCCCGUCGGAGAUAUGUAGCUUUCGGAUGCCUCAAAAUGGACAAUACACCCAUACCUGUUCAUUGCAUAUGUAUA